UCGACACAUCUGCACACAAGUUCGCGAUCGCCUCGGCGGCUGUUCUUCGCGCGAGUUUAGGAAGUUUUCUCGCAACGUGUUUGCCCUCCCGGUGCAACGACUCCCACGGGCCAACAAUGUGGCUAAUGCUAACGCUAACGCUGGCGCUAAGAAACUUGGCGAGCUAACGUCACGUAGCUUAGCUUAGCUUAGCGAGCGACUCGGUUUGACGUGGGGCUUGGCGAACGAGCCAUGUGCUAGUUGGUUUGUUAUUCCCAGUUUACUUUACGUGGAUUAGCGCCAAUGUUCCCGUUUUUAUUAGCACAAAACGACGCGCGCGACGCGAGGCGAGCCGACGAACGCAAACGUCCAGGUGGUUGGAAUGCUACGGUUGGCGUUAGCUAACGCUAGGCUAACUGCGGACUGCAUGGCUAACGUGGGCGACCCGUGCGUUAGACUGCCGCGUCUCCCUCGCCUCUUUGCACACGACUGCCGCGUCUCUUUCGCCCCGGCGUCGUUUAGAUCAUCGACACACUGCAACUACGGCAACUGCAACUUCAAGAAAAUGUCAACUUCGACAGCGUUUCCUCGACCAGCCGGAAAUGGAGAAACGGUUAGAAGAGAAGCUACGGAUCAGCCAGAGGGAAAAGGAGUCCAGUAACAAUUCCUCGCGAUCUCCGCUGAGGACGACCAUGGUGAUCCAGGACGACUCCCCACCAGCAGCACCCCCACCCCAGAUACGCAUUCUGAAGCGGCCUGCGAGCAACGGCUCACUGGGAUCGUCGAUGAAUCAGAACCGGCCCGCACUGCAGGUGAAGUCUCUGGCUCAGCGAGAGGCCGAGUACGCCGAGGCCAGGAAGAGAAUACUGGGCAGCGCGUGUCCAGAGGAGACGCCUCAGGACAAGCCCAACACUGACAGGCGCAAUAACUCUACAUCGCCUUCAGAGGACGCCCGGUCAACCAAUCACACUGUCCGGCAGCCAGCCGGCCCAGACGGCACCCACGGGUUCCGACAGCACAGAUAAGCAGAACCCGGGGGCCAACCCGGCUAUCGAGAGGAGAGAGAUCGGCCGCCUCCUGAGAGCACUGUGUUUUUAAAAAAACCCUUCAGUUCCAUGAUAUCAGCUGGGCAGUGAACACGGCCGCACCGCUGCUCAACUCCUCCCACCACGGAGCGCAGAACUCCAGGAGGAAGUCAGACGCGCUCUCUCCUCUCUCCCGAUCCAGUCUGUUCGACACUGUGAUUAUAGACAUCUCCUGGACUCACUGUGAUGAUCCCUUUAAGAGACGCCCCCCCACCCAACUCUCACCCCCUUCAGUGACCAGCGGCUCCGCCCCAGGACGCCUGCGAGGGCACAAGCAAAGACGUUUUUCCGAAGGACGGAGCAGCGAGAGGAGGAGACGUGAUGGCACAUAGCAAGAUGAGACGAGCUGGUACUUAUGCAGCCGCUUCUCCCCAGCAAUAAUACCACGCGCACCACUUCUCACACCUUUCUCGUGUUUUAAAUUUUCCAGAUGUCCGCCCAUGAAAUUUUUAUCCUAGAUAAUGACCGAGGACAGAUACAAGUACUUUGUUACAUACACACACGCACCACCAAGAAUCCGUUCAUUAAAACAGCUUUUAUGAUAUAUUUUUUAAAUAAACAUAGCAAUUUCUGCAGGUUUCACAUUUGUGUUAAAAUGAUCUCCACACGGCGUCUUCACGGAGCCCCAGGGCUGCAGUUUGUGCCGUCACAUCUCCCACAGUGUUUCACUGCUGCCUGUCCAGUUACGGAGCUGUCAGCAUUAUCAGUACACCCCAUUAUGUAAAUAGCCAUUUGUUUAAAAAAAAAAAACGGGUGAGGGUCAUGUGUGUCACGGUGUACAUCCGACAAGUUCUGUUUACGUUUUUUUUUUUGUUUUUAAUUGAGCUUUACAGCUGUCUUCCUUAGACCGUCACUUCAUUAUUUCUAUUUAAAAGCAAAAGCAAAAAAAAACAACAGACGAGGAGAUUGUGGAUUUAGGUCCAUUUUUAAGUAGCUUUUUUGCCUUUUUGUAUGAGGUGGCAGCGAUGUCAGCCGUAUUUUUAAUCCAAAUGAACCAAAAGCCCAUUUUUAAAAUCGACCGCUAUAUGUUUCAGGUAAAUCAGAUGUCACUAUUUAGAAAGCAUCGUCUGCAGCAACUCGAGGGAAGUUCAGAUGGUGGGGAGGGGGGGUAAGGGGUCGAAUUUACUGCUGUAGUGAACGAGGCGCGCCGAUCGCGUCCCCCGCUGGCGUGCAGACCGUAGGAACUCAGGUGCAAGCGAAUGAGGCUGAAUGAAUGAAAUGAACGAAGAUUGUAUUUUUCCUGCGGGUUUGAGUCGCUCAAAAAGCAUAUGUCCAGAUUGAAGUGUGAAGAAGUGCCGCGUGGAAUCGAACUGAAACAAUGUCCACAUCCUAAGAAGAAUGAAUGAGUUGGAGGUUUUGUUUUUUUGUCUUGAUCGCUGGUCACAGUUUGAAAUCGUAACACCCGCUCCUUGUUCGGUAACCGAUAGUCCGCUCCUGAAAUGGAUCAUGCAGGACGCAGCUGGAUGUGAACCAGAGAGGCGGCGACUAGUCGGCUGUCCGUCGUGCCCGACACGUGAUGAGUUCUCCACGUUGACUUGUUGAAAUGGAGAAGAGAUCUGGAAAAAGCCAUAUUCAGUGGUGCACGCCAUCUGUAGAAACGUUCUAAUAAUGGUUGAAUUCAGCUCGUGCCUCCCGUAUCAUGUCUUUACUUUGCAGUUGUUGAUUUUAUUAGUGUUAGUUCGAGAACGUGAAUAUAUCGGAGGGGGAAUUCACAAAACUCGUUUUAAGAUUUUAGUUCAGGAAAAUCCAGCGGCAGAGCAUGCAACAGACUGGUUUUAGCUGAGCUCUGAGUGCGAAACAUAAACUGCCUGUAAAUACUGAUUUAAUAAAAUGAUUUGCCAAAAAAAA